GCAGUUGUGUCAAAGGCCAAGCAGUGAUAUUGUAGACUACUGCAGAGUAUAAAUGUCUUAAGGGAUGUACUGAAACUUUGUGUGCAUAAAAUCGCAAUAUGUACAAUAUUUUGAAGUGCUGUUUUCAUGUGCAUUUUAAAAUUGUACUCUUUAUAUUCUUAACCAGUUUAUUCUUUUACUUUUACUUUGUACACAGGCUGAACAAUGGAUAAGUUCAUAGGAGACUUUCAGAGACGUCUUCAUAAGGAAGUAUAUGGCCUGAGGGAGGUCACUAUCCUUGAGCAAUGUGGUUUCAUACUGUAUUUCUGCCUCAUUACUUCUCGUGCUGGAACUGACAUUGAUGCUGCAAUCAGGAAUCUGAUGCUUGUGCAAGCUGACAAACAAGUCAUCAUUGCUGUGCUUUAUCCUACAAUUGACCCUGAGAAAACCAUACCAGACAGCAACAAUGCUAUAAAGAAAGAGAACACAUAUCUAGUCGACUUUCUGUUCAACGAGGAUGAAGGGUUCAUGAAUUGUCAGAAGAAUAUAGAUGCAAUCAAUAAACUUGCAUGGUACAUCAAGUCCAAGAAUUUGACUUCAUAUUAUUGGCAAAAUUAUGGAAUUCCACGUACAUACACAAACCAGGAUGGAGAAGGUAUUCCCUCACCCACCGGAGGACACAGAGGACACAUAUUCUGUGGAUGUGUAGAUUGUUUCAGACAACAUCCUGUUGUUUUUGCUCUUAGUAUUGUUGUCAUUUGUAGCACUGUUUUUGGAAUAAUUCUAGGGUAUUUUAUUAUACCAGCUAUCUAAAUGAACACAGAAAUGAAACAAAAAAUAGUGACAUUUUCGGAAAAAAAAAAGGAUGCCAGAACACCAUAAUUAUAGCAGCAAUUUUUCAGCUUUUACAGAUUUAACUGACUUAACAGAUUUAACAACAAACUACCGUAAUUCACUAACUGAUAAGAAGUUAUUGUAGCACUAAUAUUUGUAAGUUAUUUUUGUAAAACACUAGUAAAAACACAAAAGAAACACCCAUGAUAAACCAAAGUUAAUUACAAACAUCUUAGAAAAAGGGUGAUGAAGUACAGAAGGUGUCUUUCACACUACACUAACCAUCAUUGUAAAACACAACAUCAAUGUGAUGCAAAAUUCUGCAAUAUUACACAAAGCAUGAAACACUUUACAUAACUUAUGAGAAAAACUAAAAAGGAAUUCAUUGAAUAGGCAGGUUGGGAUAAUUAGGUAAGUGAUUUUAUCACAAUGUUUUUUUUUCU